CUAGUGCAACGUGCACUAAAUAAACAAUCUUUUAAUAGGAGGUUUUUGACACUUUGUAUACAAAACAACAGAAGAGCGGAGAUUAGGAGACAUGGAGCCAAUCUGUCGUGUUUGCCUGGGAAGAUCCGAGGGCUUGGUGAACAUAUUUGAUGCCAGACGAAAGACCAGAGUUUCAAUCGCCGAGAUGAUCGAGCUAUGUACCGACUUUGAAGUCAGACGAGGAGAUCGCUUUCCGGAAACCAUCUGUCCGGCGUGCUUGGAGGAUGCCAAGAAUGCAUUUGCUUUACGGCAAACCUGCGAGAGGAGCCACCAGUUCUACUGCCAGGUCCGUGAUGAAGGUAUUGAGGAGGCCCUAUGCGCGUUGCUCGAAGAAGAGGAUUGGGAGUUUUCGGCAGAUGAAGACAACUGGAAUGAAGCUGCCACCGAAGACGAGGACGGGGAUGAUAAUGAUGAUGAUGAUAAUGAUGAUGAUGAUAAUGAUGACAUCGAUGACGAUAGUGUUAAACCUAAUAUGAAAGUCGACACUAAGGAUGUUACAUUUGAAUGUCGAGAGUGCUCGAAGAGAUACCAGCGAAGGGGCGCCUGGAUAAGCCACAUGAGAACCCAUUUGGAUGGGCAGUCAUUUCCUUGCCAUUACUGUUCAAAGAACUUUAAUUUAAAGGCCUCUCUGGAUGCGCACAUUAAAAGCCACAACGCAGAAAAACCCUACGAGUGUUCCCACUGCUCAAAGUCCUUUGCGCAGCAGUCCACUCUGCAAUCGCACGAAAGGACUCACACUGGCGAACGCCCCUUCAAGUGUUCCCAGUGCGGCAAGAACUUUAUUAAAUCCUCAGAUCUUCAACGACACUUUCGCACACAUAUAGGGGAACGGCCCCACAAGUGCUCGAAGUGCUCGAAAACCUUUACCAGAAAAUUUCACCUCAAGAACCAUUUUCGAUCUCACACGGGUGAACGACCCUAUAAGUGUCCCCACUGUUCAACUGCCUUCAGCUUAAAGCAGCAUCUCAAGGAACACAUUCGCAUUCACUCGGGCGAACGUCCGUUUAAGUGUUCCCAGUGCUCCAAGUCCUUUCGUCUCGGGACCAUCCUAAGAGAACACAAGCUCGUGCACAGUAAAGAAAGGUCCUUCCAAUGCCCCCAUUGUCCUAGUGCCUUUAAACAAAGAAAAACUCUUGGAAGACACAUUCUUCGGCGUCAUGAAUAAAUGUUAGCUUAAAAUGGUCCAAAGUGUCUUUUAAAGAUCAUAAUUUUUUAUAAAUUAACUUUAUAUUACUAUUUAAAAUUCAACGUUUUGAAUUCUUAGGUGUAAUUAUAGGACUAGAAAGAGUUUUUUGAAAAUAUAUGUUUCUUAAAUA